UUGUCGGCCGAAGCCACUUUGGACCGAGUCUCGCACUGAAAAAAAUACUCAAGAACGAGACGCCAUGUAUCCCUCUCAGCGACGUUCGGUUCUACCCCCGCUACACAGAGACCAGUAUCGACGACGCCAAACUUUUCUCGUUCCACUCGGUGAUGCAGGAAACUCUGAGAUAUCUGCCGAAAAAGUCAAGCUGCGAUAGGUACAUCGUCGCGUUUUUCUCGGCAUACAAUGAAUACGUUGAUAUCAUCUACGAACCGGACUUUCGAGCAAAGUACGAAGCAUUUUGGACGGUCGUGGUUCAGCCGAAUCCCAGACCCAACGUCGAACUUCGGUUCCUGGCUCUGCUCUUGAUCGUCCUUGCCUUCGGGGUUCUUCUGGAUUACAACCAAGACACGUCAUUGCUUGACGGUCUAGGCGUUUACAAUGACGAUGUUCGGAGAAAUUUCGAGAGGAUGCUGAACGAAAGCAGAGACGAAUCAUUUGGACUUGCAGAUCGGGAAGAGCUCUCGCAUGUCUUGUCGCGAGCUGCAAACAGAGCUCUGGCAGAGGCGAGUACAUUUCAUGAGCCGUCUUUGGAUUCGGUCACUGCGAAAAUCAUGCUCUCGCUCUACUAUGUGAUUUGCAGGCGAGUCUUCGAGGGCUGGACCAUGAUAGGUGAAGCUGUCCGCGCUGCUCAGGCACAAGGCAUGCACGUCGAUCCUUCCAUCUGGGACAUGCCGCCUCUCCAAGCAGAGAUAAGGCGGAGACUCUGGGCACACAUGUACACGCUCGACAGAUCUCUAGCUCUCUACGUGGGCCGACCCUUCGCCGUCGUCUCGGAGUACACUACCCGCCCUCCUGUCAACGCCACCGAUCAGAGCAUCGCUUCCGCAUCACACCAAGACAACAUCAUUAUCGCGACCCUUGAUAAUCCCACGAAAUCCACGUUCUUGAUCCUCCACUAUCAACUGGCCAAGAUCAUCGGUGAAGCGCAGGAGAAGUGUUUCGGUAUAUCUGGCAAGAGACGAUACAAGGAUGUCUUGGAUUGUGAAGAACUUUUCGACGCUUUCAAAAGGAGCCUUCCGCCACAUUUCCGACUGGAUGGUGAUGAAGCGGAUCAUUCCCUAGAUUUGUCAGACGAGUACAAGUGGCUCGUGCCUCAGAGACUGAGCUUGAUCAGCAAGUAUCAUCUCGCCCGGAUCAGCUUGCACCGACCAUAUCUCUUACGGAGUUUCAGGCAUCGUGGGGAUACAAUGUUUGCGAAGAGUAGAGAAGCUUGUAUAGAAAGCUCUGUUGCGGAAAUUCAACUGAGAACGGCGUUGGAGGGUUCAGACCCGUUGGACAGAUUCAAGUGGAUGACUGUGGCAUCUGGUUUCAACACUGCCACUAUUCUCGGUUGCUUGUGUAUCUUUCCCAUGCGGGGAGAUGGUGACUUUGAUCAGCGGAGCGUGCUACAGUUAUUGGAAAAGUACGUCUCGAUUCAAGAAAAGACGCUCCGAAGAGAUGAGCGACUAGAGGACGAAUUAAGAGUCUUGCGAAUGAUGCUCCAGCGAGCCAAGAUCAACAUGUCGAUACCGAAAUUCAAUCACAGAGCGAGACACUCCUCAGCAGUUGAACCAACCCCCAUCACGAUCUCUAGAGGUCUAGAUCCUCAGCUGGGCAACGCAAGGGUUACGACUGAUCGCAAGUGUACGCCAAUUUUCUCCUUCUGCCUUCCUCGACCAGAUCUUUCAGUGACCUCAACGACGACGCACAACCACAUCUCUUCACGUUCAAGCCAAACCGACCAAACCUUAGCACCAGCUUUCCAGCCCGACACUCAAGACGAUCCAGCGUUAUCCCCGCUGCGGCCGCAUGAUCCAUCGUCCUCCGUCCCUAGCACAAGUGGACAAAUGACAGGCAGUCCCCAAGUCACUCCACUUACGGACAUCUGGGACUUGGGAGCAGAGCAAUACCCUCUCGAUGCGGAAGCUUGGCUCAAUCUCUUCGCUCAAUACCCUCAACAUGAUCAGAGCUCGGAUUUGUUCUUUGGUCUCAUGGGCAUGGGAACCACGACAACAGAGGAAGGAUGGAUGCAGCACGGCCAGCAGGAUCCUGAUCCGCAGAGUCAGGCGGACGUUCCGGUGUGUACUGCGAGUAACGAGCGCCGAUUUGGAGGGAUUCCUGCGUUUGGUCUGGAGUCUGGGGCCGGUGGCUCGAGGAGCAGCUGCGCUUCGAGGCCAGCGACGAGAUGAGUGAUCAGAGAUAGACACAAGUGGUCCGUUGAACCAUUGCCGAGACCACAGCAUCUUGUGUGGAAGAGCGUGUGUGUGUGCAUGUGUAGCCACACACAUCCCCGCAAAAUUAGCACAUUGUCACCAUGGACCU